AACAAACACGUGCGAGAUGCAAAACGGGUGCGAGACCACUAUCAAACCGGGCUCCUCCUGUUUUUUUUAAAAAAGGUUUUGCCGCGGCAUCGUUUCAUUCGAAAACCGGCGUGGGAUACGGAGAUGAGCACAAUCGGCGGCGCCGGAGGAGAUUAUGAUUCCAAAGAAGAAUGGACCGAAUUUGAAUGGUCGGAAGAUGCGCUCUCAAUUAUAGAGAAUAUUGAGGAGCAAAGUUACCAGAUUCAUCCAUCGAUUAAACAAGAAGAAGAAGAAGAUGGAGAUGGUGGUGAUGGGAGUUUCUCUGCCGAAUUCUAUCGGUGUGGAACCGAUUGGUCUUACCUGUCGCCGGCGGCUGAAGUAGUUGAACCUUCCCAUUCAAGAAAUCUGAAACAGGCGAAUCUAUGGCAGAUGUGGGGCCAAAACAAACCUUCUUCCCUUUCCUCUCCGCCUCCGAAGAAGAAGCUGAAGCCAACUCAAUUUUGCAGCCAAGGCAAGGCGGCUUCCUCGUCUCCUAAGCAUAACCGCCCUCGCGCUUGCCCUUUCUAUAAACGGAUUCCAGAUACAGGUUUCUCAGUUGAUGCAUUCCGGUAUGGUCCGAUCCCAGGAUGCUCUGCGUACUUCCUGACCCACUUCCAUUAUGAUCAUUACGGUGGCCUUACCAAAGGAUGGUCUCAUGGCCCUAUUUAUUGUACUCCUCUCACUGCUCGCCUCCUUACAAUCUGUCUCUCCCUCAAUUCCUUAUAUAUUCAUCCAUUGGAACUUGACACAGAAUAUGUUAUUCAAGGAGUUAAAGUAACAUUACUAGAAGCUAAUCACUGUCCCGGUGCUGCUCUCCUUCAUCUCCGUCUCCCGACUGGACUCUGCUAUUUGCACACUGGAGAUUUCAGGGCUUCUAAACUUAUGCAGGCCCAUCCACUUCUUGCAAAGAACAGAGUUAACGUGCUUUACUUAGAUACAACCUAUUGCAAUCCAAAGUACAAGUUUCCUUCUAAGGAAGAUGUGUUGAGUUAUGUUGUUAGAGUUACUAAGAGUUCUCUCAAAAAGCAACCUAAAACCCUUGUUGUUGUCGGAGCGUAUAGUAUUGGCAAAGAGAGUGUUUAUCUUGCCAUUUCCAAGGCAUUAGGGGUUAAAAUAUAUGCAAAUAAUUCAAGGAGACGGAUUCUGCAAUCUUUUGGUUGGCCUGAUCUUUCGACGAAUCUUUGUACACAAGCUACAGACACAUGUCUUCAUGUGCUGCCCAUAUCUUCCCUGCGAUAUGAGACCUUGAAGGAUUACUUGAAGAAUCAUGUAAAUCAGUAUGCAGCAGUUUUGGCAUUCCGGCCAACAGGCUGGACUUACUCAGAAGGUUUAGGCAGAGAGCUUGAUCUAAUUAGGCCUAGCACUCGAGGCAACAUCACAAUAUAUGGAGUUCCAUACAGUGAGCACUCUAGUUUCACAGAGCUGAGAGAGUUUGUCGAGUUUUUGAAGCCUGACAAGAUAAUUCCUACAGUCAAUGUUGGGAAUCCAGAUAAUCGAGAUAAGAUGCAAUCUUAUUUCCGGGAAUGGCUUAAAGGGUAGUGCCCCUGCAGGAAUCGAUGAUGUAAAUUUGUGGAGCUUCACCGUUCAUCUACAGGGCGUGUUCAAAGUAGUCUCUCUUACGCGUGUAUAUUUUGCUGGAAUUUCGUAAGAAACAAAAGUGAAGCAUCCAUGAUCCAAGCUGCUGUCUUUCCCCUUGAUGCAGUUAUAGAUAAUCUUGUAGUCAAUCUUCAUUUAUCUGACUAUUCAAAAUUGCUUGAGAAUUUAUACAUGAGCAAAUGAAAUCCUGCUGGUUAUA